CCUGCUUCAGUGCUUCCUCCUCUCCGCCGAGGAAAUGGACGCCACCACGCUCGCGCUCUACUCGCCCCCAGCGGCCGCCCGCCGCUCGCCGGCAAAGCCAUACUUCGCCUCCCUCCACCUUUGCUGCUCCUCCACAGCCUCUUUCCACCUCCGCGCGUCCCAGAACCCCGCCUUGCGCGCCCUCUCUCCGGGAUGGAGGACACGCAGGAGGUGGGGCGGACUGGUUGUGCGGGCGGAGAUGUUUGGGCAGCUCACCACGGGACUCGAGUCCGCCUGGAACAAGCUGCGUGGCGUUGACGUGCUAACAAAGGAAAAUAUUGCCGAACCAAUGCGGGACAUUAGAAGAGCACUUCUGGAAGCAGAUGUUAGUUUGCCAGUUGUGAGACGUUUUGUUUCAUCUGUUAGUGAAAAGGCUUUAGGUGCCAAUACUAUCAGAGGAGUUCGACCAGAACAGCAACUAGUGAAGAUUGUUCAUGACGAACUUGUACAGCUGAUGGGUGGAGAAGUAUCUGAUCUAGUAUUUGCAAAAAGUGGCCCUACCGUUAUCUUACUGGCAGGUCUACAAGGUGUUGGGAAGACUACUGUUUGUGCAAAGCUUGCAUUCUAUUUGAAGAAACUGGGGAAGAGUUGUAUGCUGGUCGCUGCAGAUGUUUACAGGCCUGCUGCCAUUGAUCAACUUACUAUACUGGGUAAACAGGUGGGUGUACCAGUUUACUCAGAAGGGAUGGAAGCCAAACCUCCACAGAUAACCAAGAAUGCUGUGGAAGAGGCAAAAAGUAAGAACAUUGAUGCCAUUGUGGUAGAUACCGCUGGAAGACUGCAGAUUGAUAAAGCAAUGAUGGAUGAAUUGAAAGAAGUGAAGAAGGCAGUUAAUCCUACUGAAGUACUGCUUGUCGUUGAUGCCAUGACUGGCCAAGAAGCUGCAGCACUUGUCACCACCUUCAAUAUUGAGAUUGGUAUCACUGGCGCUAUACUGACUAAAAUGGAUGGUGAUUCCAGGGGUGGAGCAGCACUAAGUGUUAAAGAGGUAUCUGGAAGGCCCAUCAAAUUUGUAGGACGAGGGGAACGAUUGGAGGAGCUCGAACUUUUCUAUCCUGAUCGCAUGGCACAACGAGUUUUGGGAAUGGGAGAUGUUCUUUCAUUUGUUGAAAAAGCACAAGAAGUUAUGCGGCAAGAAGAAGCUGUAGAAUUACAGAAGAAAAUUAUGAGUGCAAAAUUCGACUUCAAUGACUUCUUAAAGCAAUCUCAAAAUGUUGCGAAAAUGGGUUCCAUGAGCCGAGUGAUUGGAAUGAUUCCUGGCAUGAACAAGGUUACUCCUGCACAAAUUCGAGAAGCUGAGAAAAGACUUGCAUUCGUCGAGUCAAUGAUUAAUGCAAUGACUGCGGAGGAAAGAGAGAAGCCAGAGUUACUGGCCGAAUCACGUGAGAGGAGGAUAAGAGUGGCUGAGGAGUCUGGAAAGACUGAACAAGAGGUGAGCCAACUGGUUGCUCAGCUUUUCCAAAUGCGCGCUCAGAUGCAGAAAUUGAUGGGUAUGGUGCAAGGACAAGAAGCAAUAGCAGGCAUGGGAGACCUCAUGGACUCACUUAAAGCUGAAGAAAAGGCACCACCUGGCACCGCACGGCGGAAGAGGAGGAACAGCAAGCCGAAACAGAGGGACCUGGAUGCAGUUUUGAGCUAGUCUGCUGCACCGGAGUCGAAACUUGAAAGUCUUGACUGGAAGUGGCUCCUGCGUGCGAGACUGAGGACAAGGCCUACAUAUUCCUCAUCCUCACCAUCGAUUGUGGAAAUGUGUUUGAAUUCAGAAGCGGGAAAUUUCGUAAAAUUCACCUGAUGCCAAGUUGUGAUCCUUGCCAAACGCCAAUGCAUAGUUGGGCGGUGCUAUCUAGACUCGCUAGAAUGUGACUUUGGCCUAGUCAAAUGAAAGGUCUAGAUCAGGCCUAGUUAAAUCUGGCGGUUACAACUUACAAGUCAAAAAAUGCCACAAUUAUGUAUGCAUGAUUUGUGAAUACGGUUUUUGUAGGGGUCACUCGUUUGGUAGUUGAACGGUGAUAGAUGAAAUACUAGAGAUGCUUGGUAUUGCUAAUCCAUGGAUAUUUUUUUCGAUCAAAUUA